AUAAGAUCUCUUGCAAUGAAAUCCCCGAAUCUAUUUUCUCCUGUAUUGGUUCAAAGAAGAUGGGUUCCUCAGAAAAUGAUGUUCAAGAACCUCUGCUUCAAUCCUUUCCUCCAUCUUUAUCACCGCAACCAUCAGAAACAAUACAUGAAUCGGACGGCCAGCUUGAGGACAUUUUAUCUAACACCGGCCUGCCCUUUUGGCACCGCAUGCAACAGGCAACAUGGAUUGAAUUGAAGCUACUCUUCCAUCUGGCUGCACCAGCAGUUGUUGUUUACAUGAUAAACUAUCUCAUGUCUAUGUCUACCCAAAUCUUCUCUGGCCAUCUGGGAAAUCUUGAGCUUGCCGCAGCCUCCCUUGGAAACACCGGCAUCCAAGUUUUUGCCUAUGGUCUAAUGUUGGGAAUGGGAAGUGCUGUGGAGACAUUGUGCGGACAGGCAUAUGGUGCACGCAAAUAUGGAAUGCUUGGCAUAUAUCUGCAACGAUCAACAGUCCUUCUCACACUCACUGGGAUUUUUCUCACCUUCAUCUACAUCUUCUCUAAACCCAUAUUGAUUUUACUCGGUGAAUCACCAGAAAUCGCUUCAGCAGCGGCAGUUUUUGUCUAUGGUUUAAUACCCCAAAUUUUUGCCUAUGCUGUAAACUUUCCCAUCCAAAAGUUUUUACAGGCUCAAAGCAUAGUGGCCCCGAGUGCAUACAUUUCAACGGCCACAUUGGGCAUACAUCUUUUAUUCAGUUGGGUUGCUGUGUACAAGCUUGGGCUUGGCUUGUUGGGUGCAUCAUUAAUGUUGAGUUUCUCAUGGUGGAUUAUAGUUGUGGGUCAGUUUAUAUACGUUGUUAAGAGUGAGAAGUGUAGAUAUACAUGGGAGGGGUUCAGUAUACAAGCCUUCUCUGGAUUGCCAGGCUUCUUCAAGCUCUCGGCUGCCUCUGCUGUGAUGCUGUGCUUAGAGACAUGGUAUUUCCAGAUCCUGGUUUUGCUGGCUGGCUUGCUAGAGAACCCUGAAUUGGCUUUGGAUUCACUCUCCAUUUGUAUGACAGUCAAUGGUUGGGUUUUCAUGAUCUCAGUCGGCCUCAAUGCAGCAGCAAGCGUGAGAGUGAGCAAUGAGCUUGGAGCUGGAAACCCGAAGUCAGCAUCAUUUUCUGUGUCAAUAGUCACAAUAAUCUCCUUCAUCAUCUCGGCGAUGGCGGCGAUACUGGUGCUAGCACUGCGCGACGUCAUCAGCUAUGCCUUCACAGAAGGUGAAGCUGUUGCCAGAGCUGUGUCGGAUCUGUGUCCGCUUUUAGCCUUAACCCUUCUUUUAAACGGAAUUCAGCCAGUUUUGUCUGGUGUGGCUGUUGGGUGCGGAUGGCAAGCUUUUGUGGCUUAUGUCAACGUGGGAUGCUAUUACGUGGUUGGUAUCCCACUGGGUGCACUUUUAGGAUUCUAUUUCAACUUUGGCGCCAAGGGGAUAUGGUCAGGGAUGAUUGGUGGGACAGUAAUGCAAACAUUGAUUUUAACGUGGGUGACAUUUCGGGCGGACUGGAAUAAAGAGGUAGAUGAAGCAAAGAAGAGAUUGAAUAAAUGGGAGGACGUGAAAGAACCCCUUUUGAAGUGAUAAAACCAGUGGGAAUUUGAUUGAGGAGAAAAAAUAUGAUUGCUUGUACCGUUUAACUUUUCCUUCUAAUUUGAACAAAACAUGUGGCUCAUAUGUUAAUAAAUAGAUGCAAAUUUAUCAAAA